GCCAAACCCCAACCAGGAAGGGCCUCGGAGCACCGGGCCGCCAACGCCGCUGUCUCCAAGAGCCGGGUUUGGGGUGAAAGAUGGUGCUGACCAGAUGCAGCUGGCUCCUCCUCAGUGCCGCGUUCCUGAGCGCGAGGGCCGAGAUCACUAUCACCCCUGAGCCUGCCCAGCCAGCCGAGGGCGACAACAUCACCCUGGCUGUCCAAGGCCUUACGGGGGAGCUGCUUGCCUACAACUGGUACGCGGGGCCCACGCUCAGCCUGUCUUACCUGGUGGCCAGCUACAUCGUAAGCACGGGCGAUGAGACCCCCGGCCCGGCCCACACGGGGCGGGAGGCGGUGCGCCCUGACGGCGGCCUGGACAUCCAGGGUGCCCUGCCCGGGCACUCGGGCACCUACAUCCUGCAGACUCUCAACAGGCAAUUUCAGACGGAGGUGGGCUACGGACACUUGCAGGUCUAUGAGAUCCUGGCCCAGCCUGUGAUCGUGGCUAACAGUACGGCGCUGGUGGAGCACCGGGACACCCUGCGCCUGACGUGCAGCAGCCCUGGUGCUGCUGAGGUCCGCUGGUUCUACAACGGCGAUGGCCUACCCAUCGCCGUCCGCCUUGGCCUGUCCCCUGACGGCCGGGUGCUGACCCGGCAUGGCAUCCGCAGGGAGGAGGCCGGAACCUACCAGUGUGAGGUCCGGAACCCGGUCAGUGUCAGCCGCAGCGAGCCCAUCAACCUGACCGUGUACUUUGGCCCAGAGCGCGUGGCCAUCCUCCAGGAUUCCAUCACCCGCACAGGCUGCACCAUCAAAGUCGACUUCAACACAUCCCUCACGCUGUGGUGCAUGUCCCGGUCCUGCCCGGAGCCCGAGUACACGUGGGCCUUCAAUGGGCGGGCCUUAGAGAAUGGCCAAGACCACCUCAACAUCAGUAGCAUGACGGCUGCCCAGGAGGGCACGUACACAUGUAUUGCUAAGAACCCCAAGACUCUGCUUUCCGGAUCCGCCUCUGUGGUGGUCAAGCUCUCUGCGGCAGCGGUCGCCGUGACCAUCGUGCCCGUGCCGACGAGGCCGAUGGAGGGCCAGGACGUGACAUUGACCGUACCGGGCUACCCCAAGGACCUGCUGGUCUACGCCUGGUACCGUGGGUCUGCUUCCGAGCCCAACCGGCUGCUCAGCCAACUGCCAUCGGGGAACUGGAUCGCAGGCCCCGCGCACACAGGCCGGGAGGUGGGCUUUCCCAACUGCUCGCUGCUGGUGCAGAAGCUGAACCUCACGGAUGCCGGCCGCUACACACUCAAGACAGUCACACUGCAGGGCAAGACUGAGACGCUGGAAGUGGAGCUGCAGGUGGCCCUCAACCUCCCUUCCUCGCACAAGGACCAACGCCACCUUCCUGAACCUGAACCUGGCACAGGCUGAGCAUGGAGCGGGUGGGGCCGCCGGAAGGCCAGGGUUGGGCAGGGGAGCAGGAGGAAUGGGGGCACUGGGGACCUAGUCCCCUACCUCCCUGACAGCCUCCUCUACUCCUGUGCCCCAUCCUUUCCCACAGCCCUGGAGUAGCACCAUGGCCAAGGAGACCUCCAGAGAGAUGAGCUCUUCGUGCCACCCUCCUUGUCUCCUCCCUCCAAGCAGAAGACCACUCACUUCCAGCAAGGAUGCCGGACCAUGGUCCAUGGUUCUCCUGCUUCCAUCCUAGAGUUAGAGCCAACAGGGCCCUACUUUCCUGAGCUGUCGGAGAGCCACAGAGGCUAUAAAC